UCCUUAUAAAAACCGCAACUCCACAAGCUUUCCCUUGUGCCAUUCUUAUAUCUCUCAAAGAAAAUGAUGCAGUUAGCAUAUGGAAUAAGACCUCACAGGCCCUUUCGCCUUUCCUAUACUGAUGUCUGCAAGUGGCAACUGCACCAGCAGCCGUCCUGUUUCUCCUGCCCUGCUCGUUUUCCUUCCCCCUCCCUCUCCCGCACCCUUUGCAUCUAUCAACUGUCUCGUUCAACGAAAAAUCUGAAUACGUAUCCAAGUUCAACUGAUCUAACAAACCAAUCAAUUAUUUCGUCAACCACCGAGGCACAAACAAAUCAUUUGCAGUUCCUGUUGGAAUCAGCCCGUCCGUUCCUUCGUGGACAGCUUGAGAACAUUGACGUGAAUCUACCUUCUCUCAUCGCAGUCUUGAAAUCCGUUGGAGCUGGUGAAUGUUGGCACAAGCAUGGAAGCUUCCUGGACCACCUCAUCAACACCUACCGCAUACUUAAGCUAUGGGGUGCACCAGAUACAGUUUGCCUCUGUGGUCUCUUCCAUUCUGCAUACUCUAAUUCUUAUGUUAAUCUUGCUAUCUUUGACCCUUCAACUAGCCGUGACAUGGUUUGUGGACAUGUUGGUGAGGAGGCCGAGCGGUUGAUCUAUUUGUUCUGUAUCGUGCCUCGUCAACAACUCAUCCAUGAUGAUUUGCUGUUCAAAUACCCCCACGAUUCCGAGCUUGUGCAACACCUCAAGGAUUCUGAAGCAUCAUUGAUUAAAUCAAAGAAAGGAUUUAUGAAGGCUGGAGAUGUAGAAGAAUGGAGAAAGAAACUUCAGUCAGUUUUGCCUGCAGAUGGAAUCAUAUUGAAGCAUAUAAAAACAGGUGAAGAUGUGUGUUUGUCAAGGAGAGUAGUAGCCAGUUUCUUGCUCUUGACGAUUGCUGAUUUCAGUGACCAGUUUUUUGGUUUUCAGGAUGUAUUGUUUGAUAAUUCAGAUGGAAUGAUGACCUUUUCUCGAAAUGAUUAUACAACUGGAUUAUGGCCAGGGAACGGAAAGCCAGGACUAUGGAUGAACUCUAUAUCAAGAAUGGCCGCCAUUUACACACUGAUCGUGCGAGAAGAAUAUUUGUACUCAAUUGAACAUCCACAAUUAGCUGACAUCAACAACCGAGAUAAACAAAUCGAGCUUGUGACACCACCAAUUUUUGGAAAUUGCACCAAAGUAUUGAGUGCCAAGGAUCAGAUAGAAGCAAGGGAUUUGUACUGGGAAAGUGUUUGUGAUGCAUCCAAGAUAGGAUUAGAUAAGUGUGCAGAGAUGCUAAAAAUAAGUACAGAGAAGAACCCAUUUGUUGGCGAGCCACACGUGGUUUUAAGUCAGAUUUAUUUGAGCCAAGAGAAGUUUGAAGAGGCCGAAAAAGAGGGUGAAGAAGGGUUGAGGCUUCUUUUGGAAUGGGGAAGUCCAUGGGAUAAGAGGAUGUCAUGGGAAAGCUGGAUUGCAUGGUGUAGAGUAUUGAUCAUGAAAGCCAAGGAGAAAUCAUGGCCACAGACUACUUGGGGAAUCCUCAAUCUGGGACUUGUUCGAUAGGGCUUAAAAUCACUUUGCAGCUAUAUUAUACCAAAAGCUAGCCAUAGCUGCAUACUGCCCGCAUCUGAUUCUCAUUAGUUCUAAAUAACAUGAUAUUUCUAAGUAAUCAUGCACUCAGUUUCUAAUCAUUAUUUACUUUACCUUACAUAAGUUGAGCUUCAAUCCUUUUUGUUCCUCUUAAUACACAAUGACUUGUUGAAGGCAAAAGUAACUAGUUUGGAAAAAAAAAAUGAAAU